AUGCUUCUCAACAUCCAACUGUUUGUGGGGUCCCCACUCCCGACCGGUGCAAUGUCCGGGUUUGGAUGGGGGGCCCUCCAUCGUCGCACUAACCCAGUAACAGAGGUUUUGUGGAUGCCACUCCUUCUCUCCCCUGUGUCUCGAGCCUGGCCAGUUGCUCGGGUUACGUCCUCACUGUAUUACGAGUUCGUUGCGUUCCGUUGCCAUCAAAUGCUUUAGUAGACGCCAUUGACCAAUCUUUCGGCUGCUCGGCAGCGGAUUCAACACAAUCUCAGAGAUUUCAGAGCUCGUACCCAUGGAGUUGACCAAACAACAUAAAUGUGACACUUGCGGUAAACGCUUUGCAAGCCAUAUCGCGUCUGCUCAGCACAUGACCAGCAAACAGCACUAGGGACCGCAAUUCCUAUGUGACACUUGUGAUUGACAAUUCUUUACUGAAUAUGCAGCGGACCAGCAUAUAAAAGCCGUCAAUUACUUUAAGAAGCCAUUCUGCGACCUUUGCAACCAGUUUUUCCAAAAUUAUAAUGCGUACAGAAUAGUAAGUAGUUUUGCAUUUUUAGUCAGAGGUACUUAAGUAAGGUAGAGCAUGCGCUGUGCUAAUGCUGCAUAGCACUUUAACUUUAAGAUACAUUGUAGUAAAAGCGUAAAGUGUCCCUUCUGUUAGUCUUUAUACACUUCUGCUAGCGGGCUCUCGCACUAUCUAGAAAGAAACACUUGCCAAGUUGCUAAAAGCCUCACACAGGUCAGCAUCUACACUAACAUCAAGAACCGCAAUCCCGGCUGCCGCGUCACGCACAAUAUCAAUCCCGCCCUUUUAGACUUAAAACUUAUUGCCAUAGAAGCAACCUACAACGGGCAUGCCUAUAAAUGCUACCUCUACUAUCAAGAAUUCCUAGAUCUUUUCCGC